AUGGCGGAGAUUUCAUUCCUCGUCCGCUUCAGCCAGGCGCACGAGACCUUCCGCGUGCCUGAGUUGCAGGCCCUGGCCGAGGCCGAGAACGUCCCCUUCACCGUGGUCUCAUACAGCAGCCUCGUGCCAUUCUGCAUCAUAACGGGUCCCCCGGAUCCUGACGCAGCAGCCCGCCUCGUCCGCCGCUCCAUCCUCACCCAGGCCAUCUACGAGUACUGGGGCUCUGGGGACAGCCUGGACGACCUGCACCAGGACGUAAAGGCGCGAUCCGCCCACCUGUGGGAGCAGCACGCCGCCGACUCGUGGAAGUUCAACAUCGACUCCUUCCAGGGCACCCGCAGCAACGCCUCACGCCGCGACAUCAUCAACUCCUUCCACUACAUGCCUCUCCGCGGGCCCAUCAGGAUGAAGGAUCCCUCCCAGGAGUACACUGUCUUGGAGGAGUGGCCCAGCGACUCGCCACGCCUGGCUGUGCCCCAUCCGGACCGCUUCCACUUCGGCCGCCUCCUCGGCAGGGGCGCCCGCGACAUGGUCGCGCGCUUCGACCUCAAGAAGCGGCCCUAUAUCUCCACCACCUCCAUGGACUCGGAGCUCGCCCUCGUCACCGCCAACAUGGUACUCGCCGCCCCCGGGAGGCUCUUCUACGACCCUUUCGUCGGCACCGGCAGUUUUCCCAUCGCGUGCUCCGCGUUUGGCGCCCUGAGCUGGGGCAGCGACAUCGACGGCCGCGCCGUGCGCGGCUCGGGCCACGAUGCCAGGGCAGAGGCCAAGAGGGGCCUGGUCAAGGGAGAGAAGACCCUCCACGGCAACUUCAAGCACUACGACAUCCUCGACAGGCUGGGCGACGUCUUCACCUCGGACCUGACAAACUCCCCCAUGCGGUGCUUGUCCUUUGGCAUGGGCGGCCAGGGCGGAAGGGCGCGGCUCUUCGACGGCAUCGUCUGCGACCCACCGUACGGCGUGAGGGAGGGCCUGGUGGUGCUCGGGUCCCGAGACCCUGAGGCGCGGCCGUGGGUCGUUGAGGCCGGGCACGAGCGGCUCAAGGACCCCAACUUCGUGCCGCCCAAGAAGCCCUACAGCUUCCUCGCUAUGCUCGACGAUAUCUUGCACUUCGCGUCCGAGACCCUCGUGGACGGCGGACGGCUGUCGUUCUGGAUGCCGACGGCCAACGACGAGGACCAGGAGAUCCCGUUGCCGACGCACCCUUGCCUCGAGGUUGUCGCCAUCUGCGUGCAGCCAUUCAAUAAAUGGUCUCGCAGGCUCAUCACGUACCGUAAGCUGCCGGAUGAGUCUGUCGCCAGGUCCGAGCUGGAAUCGUGGAGGGCGGCGGCGGAAAGGCAGCACGUGGGCACGACUGCUGACGAGCUCAACCCGUUCAGAAAAGGCUACUUUAACAAGUUCCAGGCAGAUACCUCAUCGUAA